CAUUUGUUUUUCCUUCCCUUAGCUUUAGGGCAUCCAGGAGUGCCUGAGGAAUGUCACACAGGUCCCCAGUCGUGGUGGGGUGGAGGUUGGGGGAGGGGGGCUGUGGUGAAUCAGCUUGUGCUUUGCCCUCAGUUUGCCUUCUACUCCUGCUUCCUCAUUAGUUACCAGGAAGAAAUCUUGCCAAAUCAUAUUAAAAUUGGCUGCCAUUAAGGAAAAUAUACAUUGCCUAUUAAAUACAAACGGAUUGUCUUCACUAUUCAUGAAGUGUUGUAAGAUUCUAAGAACUUUUACAACAAAAAGCCAGAAAUCCAUGUUGUUUGCAUGUAUAAUCCUUUUUUUUUUCUCACAAAACUGUGUAUUAUCUCAGGACAAAUUGCAUUUAUUUUUUCUCCUUUUUCCACUUAAUAAAACAAAACAGGUAGGCUCUUACACUCAGAAUUCUGAAAACUCCCAUUGCUACUUAUAUAUAUUGUCUGCUCUCCACAAUGGGACUCAUUUCACUCCUUGAUCAGGGCAAUGAUCAAGUGGGUGUUGGUUGUGCAGGUAUCUUUAUGUCAUUUCAGGAGUCAGUGACAUUCAGAGAUGUGGCCAUUGACUUCUCCCAGGAGGAGUGGGAGUGGCUUCAGCCUGCUCAGAGGGAUCUGUACAGACAUGUAAUGUUGGAGAACUAUAGCCACCUUGUUUCACUGGCAGGUCUUAACAUUUCUAAGCCUUAUGUGGUUUCCUUAUUGGAGCAAGGAAAAGGGCCCUGGCUGGAGAAAGGAGAUGUGAGAAGAGAUCUGUUUUCAGAGUCUCAUGGUGAGAUCAAAGAAUUUUCUCCAAAUAAUGUCAUAUGUGAAGAUGAUUCAUCCCAGUAUUUGGUAGUGGAAAGAAUUCUUAACCAAGACCCUGACCAUUCCAGUUUUAAAGGAGGCUGGAAAUGCGAGGAAGAUACUCAGAUGCAAGGAAAUCAGGGAUGUAUCAGGCAAGUGACAGACUCUCAUUCAGGAGCCCUGUCUCAGCACAUGAGUAUCAAUACUGUGGAGAGACCCCAUGGAUGUCAUGAGUGUGGAAAAACUUUCAGUCGGCGCUUUUCCCUUGUGUUACACCAAAGAACUCAUACUGGAGAGAAACCAUAUGUGUGUAAAGAAUGUGGCAAAACCUUUAGCCAGAUUUCAAACCUUGUGAAACAUCAGAUGAUACAUACUGGAAAGAAACCCCAUGAGUGUAAGGACUGUAAUAAAACAUUCAGUUACCUCUCAUUCCUCAUUGAACACCGGAGAACACAUACUGGGGAAAAACCCUAUGAAUGUACUGAAUGUGGAAAGGCCUUUAGCCGUGCCUCAAACCUCACACGACAUCAGAGAAUUCACAUAGGAAAGAAACAGUAUAUAUGUAGGAAAUGUGGGAAGGCCUUUAGCAGUGGCUCAGAACUCAUUCGCCACCAGAUUACACAUACUGGAGAGAAACCUUAUGAAUGCAUUGAAUGUGGGAAGGCAUUUCGCCGUUCUUCACACCUUACUCGGCAUCAGAGCAUCCAUACUACCAAAACUCCCUACGAAUGUAAUGAAUGUAGGAAAGCCUUCCGUUGCCACUCGUUCCUUAUUAAACAUCAGAGGAUUCAUGCUGGAGAAAAGCUCUAUGAGUGUGAUGACUGUGGUAAAGUUUUCACAUGGCAUGCAUCUCUUCUGCAACACAUGAAAAUUCACACUGGAGAAAAGCCCUAUGCGUGUACUGAGUGUGAUAAAACAUUCAGUCGAAGCUUCUCCCUUAUUCUCCAUCAGAUAACUCACACUGGGGAGAAACCCUAUGUAUGUAAGGUGUGCAGUAAGUCCUUCAGCUGGAGCUCAAACCUUGCCAAACAUCAGAGAACACACACUGUAGAGAACCCCUAUGAAUAUGAAAAUUCAUUUAAUUAUCACUCAUUCCUUACUGAACACAAAGGAAUUCGCUCUAUAGAGAAAACCUAAGAGUAUAUGGUUUAAGAAAAAAAACAAACAAUUCAUGCCUUACUUUGGAUUUGAGAGGACUCCUAGCAAGAAGCCUUAAGUGCAUAUGUUGAAUGUGAAGAAAAUGGGUUAUACUUGAUUCAACAUCCUGGAGAAAAAAGUCACACAGGAAUAUGUGGGAAAGCCAUUAAUAGCUGCACAUUCUGUAACAUCAGAAGAUAAAAUCAGUCAGUACUGAGAAGACUUCAUUGGUAGGAUUCCCUCACUCUACAUUUAUAAAUUCCUACCAGGAAAGGAUACAUGGCCAAUAAAUGUGAGAAAGCUUUUAAUUGGAAAUUGGCCCUAAUUCUGCAUCUGUCAGCUCAAACAGGACAGAGUGUGUGGGCAAGAGUGCAUUAUUUCCUGGACAUCAGAAAAUUUAUAAUGAAGCAUAGUCUUACAAAAGCAGUGAUUUGGCAAUGUCUGUGUACCAUGCAAUAUUUAUUAAAUUUGAAAAUACUCUUCUAAGGAGAAAGAGCAACCCUAUAAAUGAAUAGAAGUUGACUUUCUGCUUUAUUUCCGAACUGCAGAAUUAUACUGGGAAGCAAACUACCAUUGUAAGGAGUGUGGCAAAAUCUUAGGAGUCCUGAGACAUCCUACUGGAGGGAAUUUGGGGGAGUUUUUCUUUGGGGGAGAUGAUUUUUGUUUGUUUUAAAGCAAAUUUAGAAAAGAAAGUUAUGAAUAAAUACUUUGUUUUUUAGUUAAUCAAUCUGGUACUUGCACAGUUUUUUUCUACAGCAUUUAUGGUUCUGAAAAUGCAAAUACCCCAAUAGUGAUGUCAGCAGUGAAGACUGGUGUGCAUUUGUAGAAACAUACAGGAUUACAGAAACACUUUUAAGAACUUAGGGCUUUAGCUUUGAGAUAUAGUUUAGAUUUAAGGUUUUGCUAACUCGUGUUUAUUCUUGAAUAUGACUAGCCUUGUCUUAGCCUGAAGUAAAUGUAAAUAAGUUAUGUUGUAGGAAGAUACCAAGGUGGUUUUCCUCUUGUUCCAUUUUCAUUGGGAACAUUCCUUUUGUAAGCACGUUAUUUGUCACAAUAAACCAGAUGUUGUUCUGA